AGCAUUCGAUUGCAUCUAUUGAGUGAAACUAUCAUUUAAAAAUAUGAAGUGGUUCAGUGUGUUUUUGGUUUUCGGGGUGCUGGCAUUGAUUGGCAGUCUCGGCACUUUAGCAAAUGCGGAGCCGGAGCCUAAGGGCCGCCCGCACACCACUCGUCGUCCGAGGAACGAAAAUGAUGAGAGUCGACGCUAGCAAUGGAAGGAGCAACAGGAGGAGCCAACUCGUAGAAGAUGCACUGAGCCGCAGCAGACUGGUGAUGGACGCCGAGUAGUUGUAAAGUGUUUUGGUUUUUCACAAUUGCAAUUGGUUGAGAUAUUGUUUAUUUAGUGAAGAGAAAUGUGAAAAUAAAAUGUUACCAUAUUGACUUUCAUAA